CCACACUCCACAUCGAUCCCCUCCCGAUUGAAACCCUCGCCUCCGCCACCCACCAUGCCGCCGCCGCCGCCGCCAUCGCUGCCGGACGAUCUCCUCGAGGAGAUCUUCCUCCGCUUCCCGCCGGACGAGCCCGCGUGCCUCGUGCGCGCCUCCCUCUCGAGCAAGUUCUGGCUAGGCGUCCUCUCGGGCCCUCGCUUCCGCGGUCGCUACCACGAGCACCAUGAAGCUCCCCCCAUGCUGGGCUUCCUUCGUGCUUGGCCGGCGGGCUACGACCCCGACGGAAAAGGUCCCGUCCCACGCUUCACGUCCACCGCCAAAUUCGGUGCGCGCAUUCCCGACGAUGAAUGGGACGACUUUGACUACUCCGCGUGGGACUGCCGCCAUGGCCGCGUCCUUCUUGGGGAUACACAUAACACCGCGCUCCUCGUUUGGGACCCCAUGACGGGCUGCCGGAGAGGCCUCGACUGGCCCAACCUGCUGGACGACAGCCACGGGUUCGCCGUGCUCUGCGCCGUCAGCGGCUGCCGCCACCGCACUUGUCACGCGGCUCCCUACCAGGUAGUUUUUGUCGGCAUGGAGAUGAACGUAGAUGUGGAUGAUGAUUGUGUUGCAUUCGCUUGCGUGUCGUUGCCAGAGACCGGGGACUGGAGCAAGCCGUGCCCUCCAUCUGAUCAGUGGGGCAAGCAAUGCCCUCAUCUUCAUCUUCCUAUGGAUGCAUUCAUCCAGCCAAUGCCCCCUGUCCUCAUCCAAGAAGCGGUUCACUUCAUGAUUCGGUAUCUUCAUGAUGAUAGUCAAGGAAUUAUCAUGUUUGACUUGAGCUCUAAUAGCUUAUCACUCAUAGCUGCACCGAUUAAGGAUUCUGAAAUUGGCACUUCCUCUAUCAUCAUGGCGAUGGAGGAUGGCAGUUUGGGAUAUGCGCAUGUCAAUGGAUCAACCCUCUACCUGUGGUCAAGACUGAUGGAUUCCAACAGAGUUGACUCAUGGAGCAAACGUACAAUUAUCAAUCUCGGGAACCUUCUCCCCAUCCAAAAUCCUGUAGAAAAAAUUAGACUAGUUGGAUCUGUGGAGGGCGGUGAUGUUGUUUUCGUGACUACUGUGCUGGGCAUCUAUGAGAUUAAUGUCGAGUCGCAGCGAUGGAAGAAGCUGUGGAAGAGAAUAAAUUUCGAUGCUUUGAUUCCAUACAUGAGUUUCUACAAUCGACAAGAAAGGGUGAUGCUCGCUCCCGGUGACGCGGCACAUCGACAAGGUAUGGCUGAAUAUGCUUGAGUGCAGGAGGCCGCUGUCUUCAACAAGAAAGAUGACACGCCUGGAGGACAUGGGUCUUGUCAUGAAUUAUGUCACUAUUCAGUAGCCCUUUUGGUUCAAUGGGGUUUGCUUGAUUACUCAUAUAGUUUUUUCUGUUUUUUCAGUAAGCUUGACAGUUUCCUCAUGCCGUUCGCGUGCGUAAUUGGAUGAUGGAUUAUGUUGUAAACUUGCAAUGAACCUUUAAUUAUUGCAGCUGCAGCAGUAACCAUGGUGAAUUAUGUUGUAAUUGUGAUGAAUUAUGUAACUGUUGAGUAGCCCUUUUGGUGCAGUGGUUCUCGCUUGAUUUCUCAUAUUGUUCUUGGCUUUUUUCAGUAAGCUUGUAGUUUCCCCAUGUGGGUGGUGUGCGCAAGUGGGCGAAUGGAUUAUCUUGUAGUGAACCUUCAGUUCUUGCAGCUGCAUUAAGA